AUGAAGAUACUAUAUGUUUUGUGUAUUCCCGUUAUGGCAUCAGCAAUAAUGUAUCCGCAGCGGAUACUGAAAACAGCACAAUAUGAAAGCCACAACAAAGUUACCAGUUUAGAAAUGAAGGGAAAUCUGAAAAAGUAUUUUGCCCUGGAGGCAGCACUUAUGGAUCCAAAUGCAAACAUGGUUUGUUCGCCAAUAUCAGCUUUGUUUCCACUGGGAAAGUUAGCAUUAGGAGCUGAAAAGGAAACUGCCAAAGAACUAUUGAAUGCUAUAGGCGUGACAAGUAAAAUUAAACUUCAAAGAAACCUACGAAAACUCAUCAAAUCCCUUCGUAAUGUGUCCGGUGUAAGAUUGGAUAUAGCAAGCAGUCUGUACGUCUCCAAAAAUACUCGAAUCUCUUCAAAUUUCCUAUCAGAUUCCGAGUAUAUCUUCAAGUCGGGCGUCCAAAAGGUUUCUUUUGACUACCCGGAACAGACUGCUGAUGAAAUCAAUAAAUGGGGUAAAUGGGAAAAUCCUUUUGAAACGACCAUGGAUGGCGUGUUCUUUUCCCCGAGUGGGCAUCGCAAGGUUAAGAUGAUCAAGCAAUACAACAUGUACAAUUAUGUUAAGAGUAACGUAUUAAAAUCCCAGAUAAUUGAGCUACCUUACGAAGGAAGGAACGCUUCGUUCGUCAUAAUCCUACCAGGCGAUAAACAGGGUCUGCCAUUGCUACUAAAAGAACUGAAACUAGCUCCAGAACUGCUCGAUACCGAGAUGAGUAAAAUGAAAGCUACGAACGCUAUAUUAGUUAUGCCGAAGUUCAAAAUGCAAAGUGAAAUCGAUUUAAAAACUUUGUAUACCAAGAUAGGAGUAACUUCGAUUUUCGACAGUGAAAAUUCAGGUCUAACAAAAAUAGCUAAAGGUGAAAAAUUAAUUGUCAGUAAAGCAAUACAAAAGGCCGUCAUUGACCUAAACGAGAUGGGAACGGAGGCUAGUGCAGCAUCAGCACUGGUAAUAACAAAGCUGUCGCUCGUAGAACGAUUACACGUGGAAGUGAACUGCCCGUUUUUGUUCCUUGUUAAAGUUAAUAAGAAUGCACUUUUUGCUGGCGUUUUAAAUGACCCCGAACAAUAAUAAAUAAAUGAUACGCCAA